UCAUUUCCAGUUUCCACAACAAAGAGGAGGAGAAGGAACUUCCAUUUUCAUCCCAUUUCCUCAUUUUUCCUUAGAGAGAUUUUUAUUUUAUUCCUCUCUCUGUGUAUACUAUCAAUUCAAGAUUCAAGAAACAUAAUUUUUUUUGUUUCCAUUGAAAAACAGAGUGACCAACAAUGGCUUCUCUGGUUUCUUCACCAUUUUCACUGCCAAAAACCAAGACAGACCACCUUUCAUCCAUUUCUCAAAAGCAUUACUUUCUCCACACAUUUCUCCCCAAGAAACUCGCCCAAGCCAACUCAAAAUCCCCCAAGAGGUUCCAAUGUUCAGCAGUGGGGAACGGGCUAUUCACCCAGACCACUCCCGAGGUCCGGAGAGUCGUGCCGGAUAAAACCCAGGGCCUGCCCACCGUGAAAAUAGUGUACGUUGUGCUAGAAGCGCAGUACCAGUCAUCCCUGACGGCCGCGGUUCGAGGGCUGAACAAAAGCGUGGAUUUUGCUUCGUUUGAGGUUGUCGGGUACUUGGUUGAGGAGCUGAGGGAUGAGAGCACGUACAAGACGUUCUGUCAGGAUCUGGAGGACGCGAAUAUCUUCAUUGGGUCGUUGAUAUUUGUGGAGGAAUUGGCCUUAAAGGUGAAGGCUGCAGUGGAGAAAGAAAGGGAGAGGCUUGAUGCAGUUUUGGUGUUCCCAUCAAUGCCUGAGGUGAUGAGGCUAAACAAAUUGGGUUCUUUUAGUAUGUCUCAGUUGGGGCAGUCUAAAAGCCCAUUCUUUCAGCUUUUCAAGAAGAAGAAAUCCUCUGCAGGGUUUGCUGAUCAGAUGUUGAAGCUUGUGAGGACACUGCCUAAGGUUCUCAAGUAUUUGCCCAGUGAUAAGGCUCAGGAUGCCAGGAUGUAUAUACUUAGUCUCCAGUUUUGGCUCGGUGGUUCGCCUGAUAACUUGUCCAAUUUCUUGAAAAUGAUCUCUGGGUCAUAUGUGCCUGCUCUGAAAGGGACUAAGGUUGAGUAUUCUGAUCCUGUUCUGUUCUUAGACAGUGGGAUUUGGCACCCAUUGGCUCCUUGUAUGUAUGAUGAUGUGAAGGAGUAUUUGAAUUGGUAUGGAACCAGGAGGGAUGCUAAUGAGAAGCUGAAAAGCCCAAAUGCACCUGUGAUUGGAUUGGUUCUGCAGAGGAGCCAUAUUGUGACUGGGGAUGAGAGUCACUAUGUGGCUGUGAUUAUGGAGUUGGAGGCUAGAGGGGCUAAAGUGAUCCCGAUUUUCGCGGGAGGGCUGGACUUUUCGGGCCCUGUUGAGAGAUACUUCAUUGAUCCCAUCACUAAGAAGCCUUUUGUGAAUUCUGUGGUGUCACUCACUGGCUUUGCUCUUGUUGGAGGGCCUGCAAGGCAGGACCAUCCGAGGGCCAUCGAGGCGUUGAUGAAGCUCGACGUGCCUUACAUUGUGGCAUUGCCUUUGGUGUUCCAGACCACCGAGGAAUGGCUGAACAGCACUCUCGGGCUGCACCCAAUUCAGGUGGCUCUCCAGGUUGCUCUCCCUGAGCUAGAUGGAGGCAUGGAGCCUAUUGUUUUCGCUGGCCGGGACCCUAGAACAGGGAAGUCACAUGCACUUCACAAGAGAGUGGAGCAGCUUUGCACUAGGGCAAUCAAAUGGGCAGAAUUAAAAAGAAAAUCAAAGACUGAAAAGAAACUAGCGAUAACUGUCUUUAGUUUCCCUCCGGACAAAGGGAACGUUGGAACGGCUGCAUAUUUGAAUGUGUUUGCCUCCAUAUAUUCCGUCCUCAAAGAUCUCAAGGAGGAUGGUUAUAAUGUUGAGGGCCUCCCGGAGACAUCUGAGGCCUUAAUUGAAGAUAUAAUUCACGACAAAGAAGCUCAAUUCAACAGCCCGAAUCUUAAUGUAGCGUAUAAAAUGAACGUUAGGGAGUACCAGAAGCUAACCCCCUAUGCUACUGCGCUGGAAGAGAACUGGGGAAAGCCGCCCGGUAACUUGAACUCUGAUGGGGAGAACCUCUUGGUCUACGGGAAACAGUACGGGAAUGUGUUUAUUGGCGUUCAGCCCACGUUUGGGUACGAGGGGGAUCCCAUGAGGCUUCUGUUUUCCAAAUCGGCGAGCCCUCACCAUGGUUUUGCUGCUUACUACUCGUUUGUGGAGAAAAUUUUUGGAGCUGAUGCUGUGCUUCACUUUGGCACUCAUGGCUCCCUCGAGUUCAUGCCGGGAAAACAGGUGGGGAUGAGCGAUGUUUGCUACCCCGAUAGUCUCAUUGGGAACAUCCCGAACGUGUAUUACUAUGCAGCUAACAACCCGUCUGAAGCAACCAUAGCCAAGCGUCGGAGCUAUGCAAACACCAUUAGCUACUUGACUCCACCAGCAGAAAACGCGGGUCUGUACAAGGGACUCAAGCAGCUAAGCGAGCUCAUCUCCUCGUACCAGUCCUUGAAAGACACGGGCCGUGGUCCACAGAUUGUUAACUCUAUCAUCAGCACAGCUAGGCAGUGCAAUCUUGACAAGGAUGUGGAUCUUCCAGAGGAAGGCCAAGAAAUCUCCCCCAAAGAACGAGACCUCGUGGUUGGCAAAGUGUACUCCAAAAUCAUGGAGAUUGAGUCUCGUCUCUUGCCUUGUGGGCUCCAUAUCAUCGGAGAACCCCCGUCUGCAAUGGAGGCAGUGGCAACGCUAGUUAACAUUGCUGCUUUGGACCGCCCCGAAGAUGGGAUUUCCUCGCUCCCAGGAAUACUGGCCGAGACAGUUGGAAGGCAGAUAGAAGAUGUCUAUAGAGGAAAUGAUCAGGGCAUCUUACGAGAUGUGGAGCUACUUCGCCAAAUAACCGAGGCCUCGCGUGGAGCAAUCACUGCAUUCGUGGAACGCACCACUAACAAGAAGGGCCAGGUUGUUGAUGUUGCUGACAAGCUGACUUCAAUCCUCGGAUUUGGAAUAAACGAGCCAUGGAUUCAGUACUUAUCAGGCACCAAAUUCUACAGAGCUGACAGAGAAAAACUGAGAGUUCUAUUCCAGUUCCUGGGAGACUGCUUGAAGCUAGUUGUGGCUGAUAAUGAGCUGGGGAGCCUGAAACAAGCUCUGGAAGGGAAGUAUGUUGAGCCCGGCCCCGGUGGUGACCCAAUCAGAAACCCGAAAGUCUUGCCAACUGGCAAGAACAUUCACGCCUUGGACCCACAGGCCAUUCCCACAGCUGCAGCAAUGCAGAGUGCCAAGGUUGUAGUUGAUAGGUUGCUCGAGAGGCAGAAAGCAGACAAUGGAGGUAAAUACCCCGAGACAAUCGCCCUCGUGCUCUGGGGAACAGACAACAUCAAGACAUACGGGGAGUCACUCGCUCAGGUUCUGUGGAUGAUUGGAGUAACACCCGUUGCAGAUACAUUUGGGCGGGUUAACCGUGUAGAGCCUGUCAGCAUUGAAGAGCUCGGUAGGCCAAGAAUCGACGUUGUUGUCAACUGCUCAGGAGUCUUCAGAGACCUAUUCAUCAAUCAGAUGAAUCUCCUUGACCGGGCAGUGAAAAUGGUGGCUGAGCUGGACGAGCCAGAAGAUCAAAACUUCGUGAGAAAGCAUGCGUUAGAACAAGCAAAGGAGCUCAACGUUGAGGUCCGGGAAGCUGCUUCAAGGAUCUACUCAAACGCCUCAGGCUCUUACUCCUCCAACAUAAACCUGGCUGUCGAGAAUUCCUCAUGGAACGACGAGAAGCAACUGCAGGACAUGUACUUGAGCCGAAAAUCAUUUGCAUUCGACUGUGAUGCCCCCGGUGCUGGCAUGACAGAGAAGCGCAAAGUCUUUGAGAUGGCUCUUAGCACAGCUGAAGCCACCUUCCAGAACCUCGAUUCCUCCGAGAUCUCUCUCACAGAUGUCAGCCACUACUUCGAUUCUGACCCAACAAACCUCGUACAGAAUCUCAGGAAGGAUGGAAAGAAGCCAAAUGCUUAUAUUGCUGACACAACCACAGCUAAUGCACAGGUACGUACACUUUCUGAGACAGUGAGGCUGGACGCAAGGACAAAGUUGUUGAACCCGAAGUGGUACGAGGGCAUGCUAUCCACGGGCUAUGAAGGGGUUCGGGAAAUUGAGAAAAGGCUGACCAACACAGUGGGGUGGAGUGCAACAUCAGGGCAAGUGGACAACUGGGUGUACGAGGAGGCCAACACGACAUUCAUUCAGGACGAGGAGAUGCUGAACAGGCUAAUGAGCAAGAACCCGAACUCGUUCAGGAAACUGGUGCAGACAUUCUUAGAGGCGAACGGGCGUGGUUACUGGGAAACCUCUGCAGAAAACAUAGAGAGACUAAGGCAACUCUACUCUGAAGUUGAAGACAAGAUUGAGGGCAUUGAUAGGUAAAAUGCAUGCAUAAUGUGUACAGCCAAAAACAAAUGGAUCUUGGAUUGUUCAAUACCAAUAAGCUACUUCAAUUCUCUAAAAUCCCUCUCAAUGGGGAACAUAUGAUUCUGUUUAAUUUAAAAACUAUGAGGUUUAGUCUGUAUGUCAAACUUUUGUUCAGCUCUAUUGUAAUCUAAUUCAUUCUUGAGACUUCUCCCCUCAUUGUAAUUCACUCUGAUAUGUUAUCGACUUGAAUA